AGCAAGGUCUGUGAGCAAGGCGCGUGUUCGACCAACGCCAACGCUUCCCAAGUUGGGUUGACGUUUGACAACGUGCUCGGUGGUGCCAGAGAAUACCUGCGGUACCUUCUCCGGGCGUCUUUCGCAAUCGCGCCUACCUUGUUGCAGGUCGAAAUGUUGACCUACAAAGCAGGGGACGAGAUUUUGUCCUCAACGCCAUUCGUCUACGUCUUGGGCAAAGAAGGCCGCGGCCUUAUGUGCGACUACUGCUUUUUGGAAUCCCCGAGCCUGAAGCGGUGUUCUGCGUGCAGAUACGUCUCCUUUUGCAACAAGCAAUGUCAGAAAUUGGCCUGGCCAGACCACAAGGUGGAGUGUGCUGGUCUGCGCAAAGUGUCUCCCAAUGUGCCUGACUCGUCAGUGCGGUACUUUUGCAGACUGCUGGUGAAGCUCAGUAACAAAAAUGCAUGGUCAGAAGCCGAGGAGGUGUUUGGAAAGCAAAGGUGUUUUACAGAUCUCGUUUCACAUGUGGAUUCCAUUAAAAUUGACCACCCACGCUACUUCAAAGAAUUUAAACGACUCUGGGAGACCAGCAAAAUUUUCCUGGAUGACAAGUAUCUACCAGAACCUGAGGUUGGCCUGGAGAUUUAUGGCAAAAUGAUUAUUAACAGCUAUUGCAUAUGCAGUGAUGAACACACUCCUAUUGGAACUGGCUUAUAUAUUGGCCCAUCAAUCCUUGACCAUUCAUGUUCUCCAAAUGCACAUGCAGUUUAUGAAGGGCAUAAACUGCACCUUAGGGCUGCAAAGGAUAUCAAUUGCAGCAUUGUUGAUGGUAUCAGAGUCAGCUACAUUGAUGUGAUGGCUCCCAGGAAAGUGAGGCAAGAAGAGUUGAGAAGCCAGUACUACUUUGAGUGCAAAUGUGUAAAGUGCAGUGACACGGUGCCUGAUUAUGUGACAGAGAAGUCACGUGCGCUUACUGCAAGUGUUAAAGAAAAGAUGAAGAAAAUUGAUAUGCAAGCAAUGCAGAAUACUGCAAUACUCCAGCAGAUACACCAUUGGACUGAAGAGCUGUUGGAAACUGAGCAGCUCUCAGAGACCGAUUACGCUCGCAUCCAUGCUCUGGACCUUCAGGCCAAGUGCUGCCUAGCUCUGGAGGACUACCGGGGUGCACUGCCACCUUAUUUGGCCCGAGAGUCCAUAUAUAGGGAGUGUUAUGGGCCACACAGUCCUGUUUAUGGUGUGCUGCUCUACAGCAUAGCAAAACUCUUUCAUGUCACAGUGCAACUAACAGAGGCUAUGGAGUACUUUGAGAAGGCUGAAGCAGUGCUGGCUGUCAGUCAUGGGCGUUCUCACUCUCUCUACAAACAUCUUAAGUUCUCGUAUGACCACUGCAAGCGUGAAGUGGAAAAUCCAGGAAAGGGAAAGGGCAUCACACUGAAGUUACAAUAGCAGUGAGCACACUCAGAUGGGAUUAUCUCUGCACACUUUUCAAAUAAAAAGGGUGCCAACGUUCUUUAUAUGUCUUAACUGUAGAACAAAAUAAACAGAUUUAUUUGCUCCA